AAGCAUUGUGAUGUGAUCCCACUGAAUGUAGGAGAAAAAGGAUACGUAAAUAUUACAUUCGAGGCCAAAUCUUCAGCAUGUAUAGAUGCCGAUUUGAACAUAAUGGUCUUGAACAAUUGCUUCGAUGUUUGGAAGCUACAUUUGAAUACUUUCGCUUUCGAUGCCCUCGUGUGUCUCGAAGAUCUUCCUGUCGACGUGCACAACCACAAGAUAGCUUACGACCUGAAUUUCGGACCGGUGGAUAAGAACGAGCUUCACAAGAUCGUUUUCAAGAUAAAAAACGUUUCGAAUUCCGUCUACAAGUUCCAAUUCGGGCAGAUUCGCGAGUUGACCUUUUCGCCCUGUGUUGGUCAUCUUUACGAGGGAUCGGAGAAGACAGUGAUAGCCGCUUUUAGAACCAAGCGUCACAUUGACAUGAAACAGAAGGAGAUUCUGUUGACCAUCACCGAAAUCAAAUACCAUCCACGCCAUAUUUUUCCUCUACCAUGGGACGAUCGACAAAAUACCAACAUUGCUGUAUUUAAAACACCAACAAGUGAUACGGAUUGCUCAGAAACGCCAUGUGUGGAAAAUGCCAUAUACGAAAGCAAUGAGCCACCUUACGACGAGGUUGAUAAACCUUCUUUCAUACAGUUAUUGGUCAAUGCCCAAUGCGACUAUGCAAACUAUUUUUGCGAAACGCAAGAGCUCUCUUUUCAACAGACUUAUGUGCACACCAUGUUAACGAAAACCAUUACUGUAGAAAACAGAAGUGGAGUAAACCUCGAAAUCAACUGGACUAUCACCGAUUAUUUGGAUGCAAAAAAUGUACCUUCCGCUCCAAGACCUAGUCUAUUUGAAAAGAUGCAAAUCUCAGAAAGCGAGAUGCCAGCUGUGAAGUCCGUAGAGGACUUGAAGAUCUUCUCAGUAGAACCGGUAUCGUACAUCAUACCACCCAGGACAAAAUACGAGUUCAGCGUCCAUCACACCCCCGUCGAAGAAGAGGUUCGCGAGUACUAUCUCAGGGCCAACAUGAAAAAUUUGGAUCCCUCAACCAACGACCUCGUGGUAGCUCUGAGAGGCGAGAGUAAAAGUUUUCCUUACCACAUGUGUUCGGUUUUCAUGAAAGAUUACGAAGCCAGCGAGCAUAGGUUCAAAACUUACUGCGGACUUCCGGAAGGGGUUGAAACUAAGGUCCUCGACUUUUUAUCCCUCGGUGUCGGAUCUGAAUGUAAUAGAUCCUUGUUCGUAACAAAUGCCACAUUCCACCCAUUCUCAUUCGUUUGGAGGAAUAUCAAGAUGGACCACGAGGAGCCUUCCUUCUUCCAUUGCGAGUUCAACAAGGGCUUAAUUUCACCCAGAAAAGCAACCAGAACUAACUUCGUCUUCAUCCCACAAAACCGAGGACAGUUUACGGACUAUUUCCUAUUUGAACCGGACGAUCCAUACAUGCCAAGAUAUUCCUUAUUACUUCAAGGGCUUUGCCGAGAGCCGAAGGUUUACUUCGAAUGCGCCAGCUUAGCGCUAGGUGCGACCUUAUUGAAUGAUUUGGUGCAGAAGGAGGUCAUCCUCACGAAUGACGAAGAUAUUAAAAUUCACUUUAGUUUCAAAAAGAAUUCUCUCUUCUCUGAUAACCAACAAAUACUGAGUAUUUCCCCAAUGUCUGGUUUGAUGGAAGCGAAGAGCAGAAACAUAUUGCGAUUAACAGUUCGACCUACCAAGGAAGCAGAAACAAUUUUCACGCCAAAGUGUAUAGUGCAAUAUAUGAGCGAGCCUUUACAAUUCAAUUUGUUGAUGAACGUAAUUCAUGUUUCUUCGAAGUUUGUUUAUUUUGGAAGGGAAUUGAGCCAGAUUGAGGUUAAGCCAAAUGUGCCACUAACUAUCAAUCUAGGAGUGAUAGUGCAGCAUAAAAGGGAAGAAAUUAAGUUUGAGUUGAGUAAUACUAGUACUAUCGGGUUAUAUUACUCUUGGUCAAUAGAGGAUAAGCAGCUCAGAGCCAAGAUUCAAUUUAGUAGAAGAGAAGGAUAUCUAAGAAGCUCAGAAAAGAUUGCUUUCAAAGCAUCGCUUCUGGCAGUACGGAAAUGCAUACUGAAAAACAUUACCUUAAAGCUAAAAAUUCUGUAUGGACCUACGUACGUUCUCAAAGUGGAAGCCUCCACGCAGAAGCCAAAGUUCACGUUUUCAUACUUGAAAUACGAUUUUGGCAAAUGUCUCAUUCAAGAUGAACCGACCCAUUUCUAUCACGCUCCGUUGGAUUUCAAGAAUAAUAAUGAAUGGCCGGUUGUAUUAGAAUAUGGAAAGAAUUGCAUCCCCGAGUUCCUCGUUGACUUCAAAUCCGCUGUUGUGUCACCGGAAGAAUGUAAAAGGAUAGAGAUUUAUUUCAGUCCGCUGAAAAAAGGUGUUUAUGAAACUGCCCUCAAUUUUUUUGUUGAUUCCAAGCGGGUCAUCAUAAGACUCCUCGGAGAAGGCGUCCCACUGGCACUGGAAGUACUGAGUUUGACCGAUAAGUUUCUGGACUUUGGUAAAGUGAGAGUUGGGAAAUCCGUGCAGAAAUCGAUAAAAGUGUUGAACUCUGGAGAAUGUACAGUAGACGUUAUUUUCGCCCUUCCGUCUAAGCUACCACACAACAGGAAAGGAAUCGAGACAAAAGUCGGAGAAUUUUGUAUAGAACCCGCGAAGAUAGCCUCAAUACAAGAGGAAGCCCAGCCGGAACAGAAAACUGCCAAUAAGAACAAAGGAAAACCGGGUGAUAAGGAUGACACCAGGAGCACUUAUAGCAAAGAUCAAAGAUCAAUGAAAAUAAAUAGUAAAGAAAAGUUAACGAAGGAUCUACCAAGGAGACGCCAAAGCGACAAAGUUUCGAGAGUUAUAUCCCUGAAAUCUUUAGAGAAAAUGCACACAGAUUCUGAAAUGCAAAUUAUGCAGUCCAAAGAACAACUGAAUAAGUUCCUCGUGGAAACCUUAGAGAUAUACCCGAAAAAAAUGGUGAGAUUACCUCCGAACAAAACGGCGGACGUCGUAGUCAAGUUUAAGCCAACAGAGACAAAGGAAAAAUUUCAGAGCAAUAUUUUCUUCCAAGUGCAGAAUUACAGAGAGCCCAUUGUGACAAUAAUGGGGUCAGUUGUAGACGCCUCUUUCGCAUUGAACAAGGACGUUAUAAAUUUUGGAAAUGUCGUGGUAGGUUAUGCUAGUGAGGAGACCAUUAUACUGAUGAACGAAGGCUAUAUUGGUGGAAAAUUUCGUUGGUAUUUGGAGAAAAAUUCGAGCUAUGUGAGUUUUAUAGGAGGUGAUGGCUAUUCCCCGCCAAAUUCAAAAGUGACGACAACUAUAAUUUUCAAACCAGGACAUGUACAGUGCGUUUUUAAAUUCAAGGCUUAUUGCCAAAUAGAUAAGUAUCAGAAGAGAUUAGAGCUGAUUCUAACGGGUGGAUCUAUGAAUUUACCACCACCGUUUGACACCCUGCAAUUUAGUGCAGCAGUUAGGGAAGAAGGUUAUCAGAAAAUCGAAUUCAAAAAUGAGACAAAGGAUAUAUGGAAUACCGAGCCUGUUUUCACUGGAAACUAUUUCUCUGGUGCGAAAAUACUGAAUGUUCCCAAAGAAUCAUCAGUAACGUAUCAAGUAGUUUACUCACCAAUGAAACUGAUUCCAUCUCAGCAUAAGGGAACUGUCUUCUUCCCCCUCCCAAACGGUAUGGGCAGACUCUACGCUCUCGAAGGAACAGUGUUACCACCAAAUCCCAUAGCUGAAAUCUCAAGGGAAAUUUGUUGCAAAACUUACCACAGUGAAGUUCUGAAAGUGGAGAACUGGCUGGGUCUGCGGCAGCAGUUCAAGGUUCUCACGGAAGUACUUGACGGUAAUACUACGAGGAUGAUCUAUAAGAUCACAUCGAAUGAUAACCUGGAGGUGCCACCAUUCGGCAAAAGAGAUUUUAAAUGGACCGUAUAUGUGGUCAACGAAGGCAGAUUGACUUUCAAGAUAACCUUUCUCAACGAGAAAACGAAAGAAUUUCUCUAUUAUGUGGUAUCGUUGAAAAUUACACCUUUGGAAGUUACUAUUGAUAAUAUUGAAUUUGUGACAUGCGUUCGAGUGCCUGCUGUCAAAAAAAUCAUAGUGCAGAAUCCCUUACCUGAGGCGGUGGACUUCAACGUUUCAUCGUCAUCUCCCUAUGUGAUUGUGAACAGCUCAUUUAUAGCACUUCCAUACGAGAAGUACGAUUUGAGUGUGAAGUACCUACCAGUAAAAGUUGAGUCGUCGAAUGCUGUUCUCACUAUCUCCAAUCCAGCUGUGGGGAACUAUACCUAUAAUCUGAUCCUAGAGGCUCAGGAACCGAAUUCAGAACCGGAAGUGCGAUUCCAAACUCAGUUUGGACAGAACGUGAUGAAAACCGUUCCUCUGCCUAGGUUGCUGCAGAAUAUGGAAGUUGUUCCACAGAUAGUGGACAAUACAUCUUUUGAAGUCGUCAAGGUUUAUACUCAAUCAGAGAAGCCUUAUAUGGAAGUGCUUUUCUUUCCGUCUGACAUAGGUAUCACUAGAGCAGUCUUAGAGGCGUCUUCAUUUGUUGGAGAUUAUACGUUUCCUCUAGUUGGAGAAUCUGUCAAUCCCGAGCCACAAGGACCAUUGACACUUCUUCUAGGCGAGAGCAUCACCAUCGACAUAAACAACCCUUUCGACGAUACUAAGACAUUCCAAUUCAGUGUGGAUAAUAACGUGUUUCAUGUGAAACCCUCCGAAGAAACCAUAAGGGGGAAAAAAUCUGCGAAAAUUACCGUGUCCGUUCCGGGUAAAAGACUCAGCAGGCCGAGGAGCGGUACGUCGAUGAGUGAUUUGUUGAGGGUUGGAAAGUUUACAGGAAAACUAACAGUUCUUUGUGAAAACGGAUUCAAGUGGAUUUAUUACUUACAGUGUCAAGCAGGCAAUAAAUGAUAUGCAUUUAA